GUAAGGACACCCGCACGCCCACUACCCGAUGGAGCCGACAUGGGAUCCAGGCAAGAGUCGGUGUCGGCGGCGCUCAGGCUCCGUGCCUCGGUCGCUGUUACGCAGACAGGCUGUGGCUCAUGCGCGCGCGCCACCGAUCUGUGGCUAGUGGCGAGGCAGCCACGCGGACUAUGACGACAUGAGGACGAGUUCAGGUCGCAGGAAAAGUGGCCGAUGCUCCGUGCAGUACGGAAAUACCACCAACAUCGUCAUGCCAUAACGGCGCUCGAAGACGAAUUACGCAUCCUCGGUCCGGGGCAGCACCGCCGCGACGGCGCAGCUGCAACUGAGUUUUGAGUUAGUUGACGAGGAUGUCGAAGAGUCACCGCCACUGCAAAAUCUACACGACACUGCGCCGGCAUGCGUAUGCUGCAAUGCACUGCUACUCUCCAGUGCCAUCUGUCCUCCCGUCGUCAAUGCCAGUUUGUCGUGUUUCAUGGGCCGUAAGUUACCAGCCCUGCGACCUUGUUAUUCGCCAAAGACCAGACGUGGCCAGCUUGUCCAGGACCCCUGGGCGAUGGAGCUAAUCGAAUAAGAAUUAGUCGAUAAGGCUGUGAAUACGGUCGGUAGAGCUGCCGGCCAGUUACUCUAAUGCUGCGGGCCAGCUCCCUCCCGAGGGCCCCUAUCUCGUCCCUAGUGCAGAUCUCCACCAGCUGCAGCGGACCCGACAUGGGAGGACUAGGUCAAGUGACCAACCUCUCGGCUGCCUGUCAGUGUGUUGUGACUACCGUCUGUAUGCGUGUCCUCCGUGGCGGCCAUCAUGACCAACAUCACCAGCCACACCGUCGCAGCGUCCAGAAUGCCCCAGUCAGUGGGCAAGCGACUGCGGGGAUGAUGCCCUUGUUGGCUCUGUAACCAUCAUUUAGUGGGAGGGGGUUUGGGAUUGAG